AUGUUGCUGCACUCGAGUACAACUGAUGUGGAAAAGCAGGCAGGGAGGCAGAUCUUGCAGGUGCACGAGUCGAAUAGAUCACAGGGACUCCUCUCUAAGAGAAGUGCCGGUGCCACGGUCGAUUGGGACAGACCUGACGACCCGGAGAAUCCCUUGAACUGGCCCACGAGCAAGACACCCCUGGCGUCGUCCAUGUUCACCCCAGGACUCAGAGGCGUCAUGUCCGACUUCCAUACCACGAAUGCCACGCUGGGCUCCGUCGUGACCGUGUUUGUUUUGGGCUACAUGGUCGGCCCCUUUGUGAUCGCGCCGUUGUCCGAGAUCUACGGUCGCGUCCCCGUUUACCACGUCUGCAAUGUUUUGUUCUAUGUCUUCACCGUUGUAUGCGCGGUGGCGCAGACCCUGCCGCAGCUGAUCGUCUUUCGCUUGUUAGCCGGUGUUGGUGGCGCCUGCCCGCUCACGAUCGGAUCGGGCACUGUGGCAGAUAUGGUGCCUCUAGAAACGCGCGCAGGCAUCAUGGCGGCAUGGGCUCUAGGCCCUAUCCUGGGGCCAGUCGUUGGCUCAGUCGCAGGCGGAUUCCUUUCCGAGGCCGAGGGUUGGCGAUGGGUAUUCUGGGUGAUUGCCAUUGCUACCGGGGUCAUCACAAUCGGAUGUAUCUUAUGCUACCACGAGUCGUAUGCCCUUGUGUUGUUGGAACGCAAGGCAGCGCGGCUGCGCAAGGAGACAGGCAGCCCGAAUCUGCAGUCCAAGUAUUAUACCAGCCCAUUCACGACGCACUCCUACCUAAACAUAUUAGCCCGGCCGAUGAAGCUCCUGGCGUUCUUGUCCAUCGUUCUAAUACUGUCGUUGUUCGCCGCCAUCACAUAUGGCUAUCUGUAUCUGAUGUUCACGACCAUCCCACUAAUCUUCAAGCACCUACGGGUGGUCCACCGGGGUGGUCGGUCUCUCUAUCUGGGCUUUGGACUUGGGAGCGUCACCGGCCUGGCCUCGUACGGGGUAGUGUCCUACCGGCUUGCCGUCAAGCACGCGGCACGCGGCACGUUCACGCCUGAAUGUCGUCUGCCGCCCAUGGCAGUUGGCUGCUGGUUCGUCCCGAUCGGCCUGACACACUGGAUCGUGCCCAUCAUCGGCACGGGGGUGUUUGCACUGGGGCUGAUGAUGGUCUUCAUCGCGACCAACGCGUAUCUGGUGGAAGGGUACCUAAAAGAAGCGGCAUCAGUAACGGCCGCCAGCACGGUGCUGCGGUCGCUGGUGGGAGCGGUGCUGCCACUAGGCGGACCAGCGUUGUAUGAUAGGCUCGGGGUAGGCUGGGGUAAUUCGCUGCUGGCAUUUAUGGCGCUGACACCGUGCGUGUGCCCGGGCCUGUUCUGGCGGUAUGGCGAACGGAUCCGGACGCAUCCUCGGUUCCAGCUUCGGCUCUGA